AUGAUUUUAAGGAAAUGGGAGUUACCGAGAAGAUUAAAUGUUAAUUGCAAUUUUAUAAGUCAUGUCGAGAAUGAGCUGAAUAAAAUACUAUAUCUUUUAUAUAUUCUGCCGAUAUAUAUAUUCGAUAUGCUUUUGUUCAAUAUCAUACUUUUAUAUAUGUAAUGCCUUGAAAAGAAAUUAGUGCAUUUGUUAUAGCAUUUAAUAUUAACCAGGUUGAAGUAUAUUGUACUUCAUACUUCAUUUAGUACUUUCAUAUAAUUGCAAAAAAUUAAUAGUAAAUUAAUACUAAAUAUGGAAAUGAAAUGUAUUGAGUAUAAAUAUUGCUCAUAUUUUUUGCAGCCACUCUAAAUUUAUUUUUGUAUACAAUUACUUUAGUUCCUUGCUUUUUAGGAAUGAAUAAAUCAGAAUAUUCAAAAUCUCACUACGUUCCAUAUACAUUUCAAUCUAUUUCAAUAUUUUCACAACAUAUUAUACACAUAGGUGAAAUAUUGACCAGUAAUGUCAUCGUCAGUAUGAGGUAUUUAAUACAUGCAGUACUUAAUACAAGCGAUUUGAAUAGUUAUAACAAUUAAUUGAACAAAUUCUCAACAGAAUAGAAAAAUUAACGAAUUUGUUUAUGUGACAAAUUGAUUAUUUACCACAAAAGAGAAUCCUUGAAUUGUUUUUAAUCAUGGGUCAAGUGUGGUCAUUGAAAUUACUGUUGACGGGACGAUUCAUAUAUUUGACUGCCAUAAUGAAAUUAUUCAUAUUUCCAAAAAAUUCAUAAAUCUCCAAAUAAAUCUACCAAAGAGAGAUUUCAUUUCACACAAUUGUCAGCAAUUUUCACGUGCAGUCGCAACUAUGAAGACCGACUAGACAAAUCGAUCGGUUUAUAGCUUGAAAGCGUUACGCGACAUAUGCUGAACACAUUUCACUUAUGCAAAAUAUUCAACUCAGUCGUUUCCGUAAAAAAGAAAUCAUAUCGACGGUUCUUUCGGCUUUGCACAAAUUUAAAAAAUUUUGUCGCGGUCGACAAUCGUGUUGUAUCGAACCAUCCGAAUCGAUCACUUGUCUAUUGUGCCUUACAUCUAUAAAAAUACGCAAUUGCCUGCGGUAAGCUGUUAAAAAGCACUGAAAAAGCUGUUAAAAACAGAAAGUAAGAGUUGAUUUCCACUCGUGAUUCCAUAACGAGUAAUGUUAUAUUUCGAAAUCAAUAUUUACAGCAUCUCAUGCAUCAACAUUUACAACUUUUCCAGUCAGCAUCCUGUCGACAAAGAUAAAACGUAAGAAGUCAUUCCUGCAUAUUCAACUAACGCGUGAGACACAAAAACGAAUAACUGUGCCAAGCAAAUAGAUAUUAUCGUCGAACCACAUGAGAGCAGUGAAGUAUACUCUCGUUAUAUAUAUAAAUCUAGAGUGAGGAUGUUUAUGAAAAUUUAUGUUUUAUGAGUCAUGGAUUUUUGUAUUGCAUGCAUUCGGUGUACUUUCACUCUUCAUACACAUCUGCAGUCUGAUAUAUUUCGUCUCGGACGAUUCAAAGAAUUUUCUCUCGAUUCGCUACAGAACAUAUAAUAAGCCGAAUAUGCUUCGUAGAAAUAUUCGGUGGGUAUUACAUGCUUAUGGUACGUAAAUGAUGUCAAACGAGUAUGAAUCGCAAUUUUGUAAAUCUGUCGAGCGAAAGUAGAUGUCUCUGAGAUUUUAUCGUUAAAAUUUUAUCUAUUAAUCACUGAAUAUAUACUUUCAUUAAAUUUGAGCAUUACUGGAAAUUUCACUUUCUUUACAAAGAUCUGUGAAUAUGUUUGUGUUUCUUUGUUCUUCAAAAUUAACUUGACUGCACAUUGAUGAAGCUAGUCAAAUUUUUGUACGCACGCUUAAUUCGCAAUUGUGUAAGUUCCUAGCAAAAUCAUGUGAAGAGAAGAACAUAUGCAAUUUUUACGUAUCACAGAAAUUAUAAAUUAUAAAUUAUAAAAUAGAAAAUAAAUUAUAAGAUCAAUCUACAAAACAUAGAUGACUUGUCUGAUUGAUAAUGCUUCAUUUUCCUCAGGAACGUGGUCUGACGAUGCUCUAACCACGAUAUGCGAAAUAACGUCACGUAUAUUAUAAUAGUUUUAAGCAUGUCUUCCAACAUUUUUCUAGUGUGUUAUAUCGAUAAACUAAUAACGGAACAGAAAUGAACCAGACGACGAUUUAAUCUGUUAUAUUGAUGAUAAUACUCACUGA